UCUAUUCGUGUUGCUGCAUCGAAUGUCAUGUCUGACAGAAUUCUACAUAUUUUUAUUUGGUCGUCGUCAUUGUUGAACAUCGGGUUAUGCGUCAGCCACCAAGGCCGAUACCCUAAUGUGAACACUGUGCCAUGGCCACUUCCACAUAGUAUGCGUUCUGAGCAAACUUAUUGGCUGGUGAACACAGCCAACUGGAGCAUUGUCUUGAACGACGUGCACUGUCCCAUCGUCAACGGCGCCAUUUCCAGGCUUAAGAAGGCACUCUCCGACAAAAUUUGCACGUACCCAGAUCCACUUGCGUCUAUAGCGUUUGUCAAAGAGGCGUCAGGAUUCCUCAGUGAUCUACGAGUUCAACUCGUAGGCCCAUGCCAGUACAUGCCGGAACUCUAUAUGAGUGAACAAUAUGUUUUGAAGAUAGGGGAUGCGGAUGAUAGAAAACGAGCGACUCUCAUCAGUGACAGCAAUUGGGGAAUCCUUCAUGGACUGCAGACGUUUCAUCAGCUCCUCUACCCUGUGUCACGUGGAGUGUUUGCCAUCAACAGCACGAUAAUACACGAUCACCCAGUAUUUUCUCAUCGCGGCCUCAUGAUCGAUACGUCAAAUCACUACAUCUCCGUGGCUACCAUACUUCGGAUUUUGGACCUAAUGGCGGUGAACAAAAUGAACGUGUUGCACUGGCAUAUUGUGGGUGACAGGUCCUUCCCGUUCUACAGUUCCAGCUUGCCCAACCUCAGCAAUAAAGGUGCAUUCCAUCGUCGCUCCCAUGUGUACCUCCCUGCUGAUAUAGUAUCCAUCGUCAGCUUUUCUCAACAGCGUGGAAUUCGCGUCAUCCCAGAAUUUGACACACCAGGGCACACUACAUCGUGGGGCAAGGGAUAUCCACAGUUACUGAGAAGCUGUAGCUCGCCGGAACAAUCUGGGUCCAUCGACCCGACAAGAGAGACGACAUAUGGCUUGCUUGCAGUGCUCCUAACUGAAGUGGGAUCUCUCUUUCCAGACAGCUACCUACAUCUUGGGGGUCGAAACUUCAAUGCAACGUGCUGGUAUAUGAACUCUGAUGCUUCAGUCUCAAAGUUUCUGAACAGGUCUGGGAUGAAAGACGCGGUAUUCGCUCUUAAGGAUUUUCACUUCAAGAGAUUAUUUCAAAUAUCUCAAGCUAUCAAGAAAAUUCCCAUCCUUUGGCAAGAUGUCAUCAGCAAUGGUGUACGGGUACCACAUGAUUCUGUCAUCCAGUCCUAUGAAAACACAGCGGAUAUAUAUUUGGAAAAGCUAUUCCGUGUAGGACGCAAAGUCCUGCUUUCAUCCUGUUGGAACCUCAGCAGUUCUGCAGACUGGGAAGACUUUUACGAUUGCAAUCUACGAGAAGCCCGAGAUAAAAAAACUCGUUCUCUCGUCCUUGGAGGCGAAGCCUGGAUCAUGAGUGAUGCCAUCGAUGGAACAAACAUCAUCAGCCAGGCAUGGACACGUUCUUCCGCAGCUGCUGAGAAGUUGUGGAACCCUGACGGGGGUUCUGCAGACUCUCCCGAUGUUGCUGACCGGCUCCACAAUUUCCGCUGUUUCAUGCUACAGCGAGGGUAUCCUGCAUCGCCUAUACGAUUUGGUUUCUGCCCAUGCGACAUCAAGUUUUAGAUGUAUAUACGUACCAUACACAGCAAAUAAUAAAAUAAGAGCAGAAGAUGAAUAAAGAUGUGAAUGA